AUGAACUCAAAGCCUAAACUAAUCAAAGACAUUUUAACCCCAAAACAGCCUCCAAAAAGAUCAAAAAACUCCCCAAUAAAAUCCUCCCCACGAGUUCUCCAGCACAUCUACGCAAAUCUGCGAGCAAUUCCUCACAUUUUAUCCCAAGAUCACUCCACAAACCGCAAUUCUAUCCACAAAACCAAAAAAGAGCAGCUCUCAAUCCACUCAAAUUCCUCCACAAAAUCCAACCAGUCCUUCUCAAAUUACAGCGAAAAUUCCAAGAUUUUAUCUGAAUAUUUAAACUCAGAAAGCUAUUCUGCACUUACCAAAGCUGAGCCUGCCCAGAGGAAAAGGAUUCCUUCUAGUUAUAGAAGCAGCAUGCAGAUUGACAACUUAUAUGCACAAGAAAAUAUUAAAAUUAAUAAAAACCCAAAUUUCAGGGCUUCGAAGUCUCCUGUAGAAAAGGCUUAUAGUGCUGAGAAUAAGCUUAUUAUGAUAGAAUUUAACCCUGUAAGAUUUGUGGAGUCUAUGGAGACAGAGAUUGAUGUAGACUUUGUUCCUAUAAUUCCUGUGAAUCCGCCACAGUCUGUUUUAAGAUCGAUAAUUCAAGUGGUGGCAACAAUGCCAACUGAAAAAGAUUUAGAGGCAAGCAAUGAGUAA